CAAGUGUGCAUAGUGAGGGACCGUUGUAAGUGUGUAGUACAUGAUUUUUUUUUUGUUUUGGAAAAAGUAGUGUGUAGUCCCCCUCGCUCCGGCCUCCCUCCCUCCCAUAUAUGCUUAUGCUAUGCAAAUGCGGUGCACACACAUCUAUCCUAUCUAUCCGCCCUAGCUAUUCCUUGGUUGCCCUCUUUAUAAGAGCAUACUUUUCCUCCCUGCAGCCUUUUCCUACUGUACACACACACACACAGGAGAGAGAGAGAGAGAGAGCCUACUGUACACACACACAGGAGAGAGAGAGAGAGAGAGAGAGAGAGAGAGAGAGAGAGAUGUUUAAAUUGCUCCCACAUAGCAAAUGCAAAUCCAAAAGUUGAACCCUGUGUAGCUCGCCGCAGGCAGGCAAGGCAGGCAUCUUCUUGUCCUGUUGCUCUUUCCUUGAUCCAUCCAUGGACCAGCAGCUUGGUGCUUUUGCAGGGCUCCCCCUCCCCUCCAUCUAUCUAUAGCGCGCGCGGUUACUAGUGCAUGAAUGCUCCCUUCUGCACCAUAGCUGCUUGCAUCAGCACCAGAGCUACCUAGCUGCAGCUCGAUCGCGCGAGUACACUAUUAUCUAGUAGAUGAACAGUGCAGUGAAAGUGUAGUGUAGUAGUGGUGGCAGCCAUCCCCCAGUCCACACUUGCUCCUCCUAGCUAGCUAGCUAGCUGCUCAUCAUCACCACCGCCCUCCAUCGUCCGACCUAGCUAGCUUUGCGUCGCGCAUUAAUCAAGAGUAGGUCUGAUUCUUGCAAGCUAGAUGGAUCAUAACUUCAGCGAUAUGAUCCUGCGCGAGAGCGCAUGGAGCGGCGGCGUGGUGGGUGCCGGCGACGGCGGGGCCGUCUUGCUGCCACCGGUGGAGGUGGUGGGGAACGUCGUCGAAGGCGGCAGCGGCAUGACGGUGCUGGAGAGGCUGGUGCUCGACGAGGCGCUGGCGGCGGCGAUCCUGGAGCUGCAGGGCAGCAUCGUCCACGUCCAGCAGCAGGCGCCCGCCGCCUGCUGCGCCGGCAGCAAGGCGGUACCGGCGGCCGGUGGUGGCGUGGUUGGUGAGGAGGCCGCUGUCGCCUUCCCCUCGAUGGCGAUGGCGACGCCAACGCCCGCCUACGCGGACGUUGACGCGGAUGUCCUGCAGCGACAGCAGCAUCACCAUCGCCAUCACGGCGCGAUGGGGAUAUCGAUGCCUCCCGACUACGACCUCACACCAGCAACAACACCCGCUGUCGCGGUAACUGCUGCCGCGUUCACAGCCACCGCGGCGGUUGACAGCGGAGGCAACAACAGCCUCGUCGUCGGACGAUCGCCGCCGCCGGUCUUCUCCGCCAGCUGCAACGAGACAACAGCGACGGCGGCGGCCGUGACCGCGACGACGAGCCUCAGUUGUGAACAAGGCGGCGGCGGAGGCGGUGCCGGUGGUGGCAAAAGGCAGCGCCGGCCCAACAGGAAGAGGAAGGCCGCCGCCGAGCGGUCACCUGUGGCGGUGGCGGCAGCGGCGGCACAAGAGAGCACCCUGUGCAGCCUCCUGGCGUCCGGUACCACCACCGCGGGCGAAGGCGGCAUCCAGAUCGCGUUCAGCACGAGCGCCGCCAAGAGAUCAGCGAAGCCGUCGUCGCUGAGCAGCAGCGGCUCGUCGAGCAUCAGCUUCGACGGCCGGAACAACCCCGCGGGCAACGGCGGCGGCGUGGAGGACUCCAUGUACGAGCCAGACACGGAGGCGCUGGCGCAGGUGAAGGAGAUGAUCUACCGCGCGGCGGCGAUGCGCCCGGUCUCGCUGGGCUCCGAGGACGCCGGCGAGCGCCCGCGCCGCCGCAACGUGCGCAUCUCGUCCGACCCGCAGACGGUGGCGGCGCGGCAGCGGCGGGAGCGCAUCAGCGAGCGCCUCCGCGUGCUGCAGAAGCUCGUCCCGGGCGGCGCCAAGAUGGACACCGCCUCCAUGCUGGACGAGGCCGCCAACUACCUCCGCUUCCUCAAGUCUCAGGUCCGGGAGCUGCAAACCCUAGACCGCCGGAACUAUGGUGCCACUGCGAAUAAUGCCAACGACGCCACCGCCGCCAUGGCUGCUGUUGGGUCGUCUUCGUCACUGAUGAGCUAUAACAAUGGCAACGGUGCCAUGCCCUUCUCCUUCCCGGCAGCAGGCGAAACCCUACGAGGAUCAGUAGGAGGAGGUCUUGAUCGACCAGCUGAUUUAGUCAUUUAGUUGGAUGAUGGUAGAUUUGUAACACGCAUGCAUGUUGUUGUUAACCCUUUUGUUUAUGCUCGCCCAAUGUGCAUGAGACCGAUCCAUCUUAUAUGAUGUAUUUCAUCAUUAUUAGCUCAAAGACUAGGUAGUAGACGAUGAUGAUGAUCAUAUCGAUGACGGAACCAAUCAAAUGCAACAAGGAUGAUGCAACAUGGCUUAAUAUUACUAUCUACUAGUUCAUUAUUA